AUGGGUCAUGGAACUGCAAAGUUACGAUCAUAUUACAGAGCACCGCGAAGGAAAAAGCAAUUAGAUGAUACCGAAGAUAAGUAUUGCGAGUCGAGGAACGGAGUUGUUUAUCGCAAGAAAAGUGACGCAUUGUUAUUUUAUGUACCGAGAGAAAUUGAGAAAAAUAUUCUCUUCAAAAAUAACGUUGAAUUAGGUCACAUAGGGUCAGAAAAGUGUAUCGCCUAUGCUCCGUCGAUGGGUAAGGUGGAAGGCUUCACGUUAAUGAUUCCAAAGGGUACUAAACCUUUCGAAACAAUACACAUUGAUCACGAAGAUAUUGUGGAUUCGCGGGUUCCAGGCCAAGGUUACCUGUCAUUUGCUGUUCCUGUUAGAGGCCAUCCGGACAAAUUUGUGGUGGGUUGCGGUAAAAAUGUUUUAAUGAUUAAGUGGGAUGGUUCUACCGAAGUGCAUUCUACUCGUUCUUACUUCAUAAAAUCGCUGGACCAGCUUCCUGAUAACCCUAUUCCUGAAGGCAAUCGUUUGAGUUACGCAAGUGUCGAUCCCGAGGGCACACUAUGGUUUGCGACGACAAACGAUAAUCCGGCGAAUCAUGAAAACAAUUUGGGAAGUGUAUACACUUUGACUAAGAGUAGAAAGCUUAUAAUAAAACUUACGAAUCUUAGGUCAGUGACUGGUGGAUUCGUAUGGGACCAACCUCGCACUAACGAACAGCCAUUGCUUUCUAAGUUCUAUUACGCCGAUACUCUAAACCAUCAAAUCAUAGCAUAUGAUUUUACGAUACACAGUGGAAAGCCUGUAAGGCUUGGAGAAGUGUUUCACAACAUAUACGCCAAUCCGGGUCAACUGGCAAUUGAUACCAGAGGUUUUCUCUGGAUUCCUCUGCUUGGAGUUGGCGGAGUCCAAGAAUUUGAUCCAUUUACUCAAUCGCCGCUUCGAUUCAUUCCGAUACCUGCAAAGCAAGUCGGAGGAUGCACUUUCGGAGGUCGUUACUUGCAAACUUUAUACGUAUCAACAAUAAGAUAUGAAUUUAAAGAGCCUCAUGGAGAAAUUCCACCAAACGAUGAAGGUGGUUGUGUUUACGCUAUCCAUGGCCUUGGCGUGACGGGAGUGCCGAUAAGAGAUUACAUUUUGGCUAAAGCUGUACUUCUCGAAGCCUUUGAAGCCUUGGAUGGUUACAAGCCCCGGCCAUCUCGUGAGAGAAAGUCCCAGCCCAGAAAUUUAGAUCUGAAUUUCUCAUUACAUUAG